AUGGGCAGGCGCGUGCGUACCGCGGCAGGGUGCGAGCCGUUUCGAACCACGCAGUGUUGCUUAGUGUUCCGUUGCGAACGCCGGUGCGCAGGCGGCUCUAUCUUAACCAGCGACAGCGCGGCGAACUGUGCUCCAGUGUACCCCGUAUCCGACACGAUGCGUCCAGUGCCGUUUCUUAUUCUCGUUGCUAUAUUUUCUGUGAGUAUAGCACAAGAUCCAACAGAAAACGGGAAUAUUGAUAAUAGCUUGGAACCGAAACCAUCGGUGAGAUUAGAUCCUUACAUACGAAAAGCUUUAUUAAAAGCACUGACUGAUCUAGAAGAAAAUGAUAAUGGGACCAAUAGUGAAACAACUGACGUGGAUCCAACUGUGGAAACCGAAUAUUUAAGAACAGAAGACACUACUUUAUCAAAUGAACCUAAAAGCGAAGCUGUUGUACUCCCUAAGCCAAAAUUCAGAAGUUAUAGACCACAAGAUGAAACAUUACAAGAAGCAAAACUUGAGGAUGCAGAGCCAGCUGUUGUGGACAAUGAAGUAAAAGAUUUGCUUGAAGCUGGCAAAGAAAAGGUUGUAUUACAAGACUUGGAUAUAUCCAGCUUAGCGCCAAGAAAGCCAGAUUGGGAUCUCAAAAGGGAUGUGGCAAAAAAACUUGAAAAACUUGAAAGGAGAACACAGAAGGCAAUUGCUGAACUUAUUUGGGAAAGGUUGAAGCAGGGAUCUGAUGACAAUCUAGGAGCAAUGGUUACAAUGACCAACAAACUACCUGAUGAUGAU